AUGCGCUUAAUCAAAGCUUCAUCCAUACACAGCGACAAUCUCCAACUCAUCGACUUCAACCCGGAUCAACUUCCCCGCUACGCGAUCCUCUCACAUACCUGGGGCGACAACGAAGUCAUCUACGCCGACAUCAGAGACCAAAAUGCGGCCACCAAGCCCGCCUUCCAAAAAGUCCGCUACAGCUGCAUCCAGACCCUGGCAGACGGUCUCGUAUACGUCUGGAUCGACUCGUGCUGCAUCGACAAGAGCAGCAGCGCGGAACUCUCCGAGGCCAUCAACUCCAUGUACGAGUGGUACAUGAAGUCGGAAGUCUGCUACACCUAUCUCUCGGGCGUACCCGCCACCGUGGACCCAGUCAAGACGGACGGCACGUUCGCCUCGUGCCGGUGGUUCACGCGCGGCUGGACCCUUCAAGAACUCCUCGCCCCGGCCGAAAUGGUCUUCUUCUCCGAGGACUGGGUGAAAGUAGGGGAGAAGACGACGCUCAGCAGGCCUCUAUCCGUCAUCACAGGCAUAGACGAAGACAUGCUCACGGGCCUCAAACCCCUCGAAUCAGCAAGCCUCGCCAAGCGCAUGUCCUGGGCCGCGCACCGGCAAACAACAAGACCCGAAGACGUGGCCUACUGCCUGAUGGGCCUCUUCGGCGUCAACAUGCCCAUGCUCUACGGCGAAGGCGAGCGCGCCUUCCUCCGCCUCCAAGAGGAAAUCAUGAAGCAGUCCGACGAUCAAUCCCUCUUCGCCUGGGUCGACCUAUCAGCCUCAACCGAGACCUACCACAGCCUGCUCGCCAAAUCACCCGCCAACUUCGCCUACUCCAACUCCAUCAUGCCCUACCAGGACUGGGAGCCGCGGCCGCCGUACUUCAUGAGCAACCGCGGCCUGCGCAUCGACUUACCCCUGACG